AACAGGUCGGCGAUGCCUUGACGCUCUCAGUUACGUUUUUCCAAGCCUCGAUUUUGAUCCUUUUGUAAACAUUUGAACUGAAACAAAUUAUUGUACGUGUUGGAAGCGCGUUACAGGGAUUCACAGGGAGCGGAUAUUAAAGACGAGCGGCAUUUCUGUUUCAGGUUGCGGUUAUUUUUUUUUUUGCCUAAACAAAAAUGUCGGGAGAGCCGAUUGUUAUCACGCUGGAAACGACCACGGGGGCCCCGGGUUCACUCCCGGUGGUUUUGAAGAAAAUAAUGGAAAUACCUCCGCCGAAUUUACUGGAGGGUGACGACGAGACUGACAAGGAGAAGCUGUGUCUCGAUGACGAUGCGGACCUGGGCAGUGGAGGCAGCGGGAUGGGCCCCUCGGCUGCCCUGACCCCCGCCAUCUGGGAGAAGACCAUUCCCUACGAUGGCGAGAACUUCCACCUGGAGUACAUGGACCUGGAGGAGUUCCUCAUGGAGAACGGCAUCCCCACCUCUCCCGACGACGACUCCCAGGAUGACCAGGACAGAGAUGCCCAGAAGACAAAGGAGAAACCCAAGGCGGCCGCCCCCGCCCAGGUGACGAAGGCUGCCAAGGCCCCUGCCGCCCCCGUGGCCCUCAUGCCCAUCCUGGAGCUGGACCAGUGUGAGGAGGAGGUGGUCACCAUCACCAUGAGCCCUCAGGAGAUCAGCUCUGACGUCACUACAGAGGUGACCACAGGCAAGGAGCGGGCGACGCCCGAGCUUAUCAACCCCGAUGACAUAGAGGUGGAUGUGAAGUUUGAGCCCGAUCCCACUGACCUGGUCCUGUCCAGCGUGCCUGGAGGCGAACUGUUCAACCCGCGCAAGCACAAGUUCAGCGAGGAGGAGCUCAAGCCUCAGCCGAUGAUCAAGAAGGCCAAGAAGGUGUUUGUACCUGAGGAGCAGAAGGAUGAGAAGUACUGGCAGAGGAGGAGGAAGAACAACGUGGCGGCCAAGCGCUCGCGCGACGCCCGCCGGCUAAAGGAGAACCAGAUCACGGUGCGGGCGGCCUUCCUGGAGCGCGAGAACACGGCGCUGCGGACGGAGGUGGCCGAGCUGCGGAAGGAGUGCGGCCGCUACAAGAACGUGGUGGCCCGCUACGCAGCCAAAUAUGGACAAAUCGGGCAGCCAGAAGACCUAUAGACUAUAAUUGAUUUAUUCAUUUAUUUUUCAGACGUUGAUUUGGAAUGAAUAAAUAAAUCAAAUAGUUUGGGGGGUCAGUGUGUGAGAACGAUAGCUCGCUGAGAUGAAGAGGAGGAUGAAGAGGAGGAGCGCGCGUGUGUGUGUGUGAGUGUGUGUGUGUGUGUGUGUGUGUGUGAGACUGAGAUCGCCAUGUAGAUACAACAGCAUGUUGUUUUAAGACAUGAGUUUUGGAUUUUUAUUUCUACUUUUUUUUUUCUGUGUUUUUGUUUUUAAAAAUCUGUACUUACCAUCCAUGUGAGUUGGUCGGGUGAAUGUGUGACACUCAAGUGCUUCCUCAUGCACCUCAUUGAUGAUGAUGAUGAUGAAUUGUAUUUUGCUCAUGUUUUGUACACCAUUGCCUGAAUGAGAUCAUUUACCACAUUUUGUUUGGGGGUGGGGGGGGUCGAGGUUAUUAGACGAUACCUCAGGUGACAAUAUUAUAGCCUAGAUUGUUAGUCAUCAUCGGCAUGGUGUAGUGUAAAAACCUGAUUUGCAAUAAGGUUGUUUCCAGUUCUUUCCACAUUUCAUUAAGAUUUUUUUUUUUUUUUUUUUUUUUAAUGGUAUCUUGUUACACGGCAGAUGGAAGUGAAGUGAAGGCGCUCGGCUUUUCUCUGCCUGGACAAAUUCUUUAACUGUGACAUUUCCAAUAACUUAAGCUUCUUCAGGGGAUAACAGUGGCAUGGCAUUAGAAAAACAAACAAACAAACAAACAAACAAACAAACAAAAAACAACGUAAUGUCAGCCAUGUCCACUGCUCUUCGUGUACCGGUCCUCAUUACCAGCAGCACAGGUGUACAUAUUGCUCGGUAAUGUUUCCUGCGGUGUGUGUGUCCUGCUGUCCUGUCCAGUGUUAAUCCGUCGGUCGGCGGGACGUCCCGUUGACUCGACCCCUUUAUGUCUAAAAUGCUUCGGACAUGUCAUACGCGUAGAACCCACAUGUAAAUACUCGUAGAAUGAUAUUUUCUAGACUUGCCAUUAUUGUACAAACAUAUAAAGACAUAAUAAGCCCAGGUUUGUGCGUUUAGGGUGCAUCGACUUCACGUUGACGGUGUUUUUGCACACAACCAAACGGCUAAAUCACCCGAUUGUACAUGUUUACUUCUCCUCUGGACUGCUUCCACAAGUUGUUCAGCCUGUUUCUCUGCAACCUAUAGAGAGUAGCUAUAGACCUGAAGCACCAGUUGCAGUUUUUGGUGGCAGAUCACCUUACAGCUCUUGAGAUUUUAACGCUGGGAAUGUCUGUUGCAGGGUUAGUUUUCUUACUUUUUUGACAAAGCAGGAAGUCUCAUGAACUAAGUGCAGAUUGCAUCGGGGGGCGUCUCGUGUCAUGAACAGAGAACGCCCCCCCCCCCCCCCCCCUCCUCCCCAAACCUGUAAGUGUCUUCUACUUCUUAAGCCAUUUCAAUGCAGUGCCCAGUCUGCCGGUUUACAGGGGGGCAUUUUGUCGUUUUAACAUAUCAGAGAUUAAAGAGAAGCUGUUGUCGCCCGGCUCACUGACCGCCGGGCUUUUACUCCUGACGUUUUGUUGUGGGGAUUUCUUUUAGGAGCUAGACUGACAGGGAAAAGUUUUUUUUGCCACUGUGCUUCCAGACCAGGUUGAGAAUUUUUUUUUUUUUUUUUUUUUUUUUUUUUUUUUACAGAAAACCCUCUUCAAAAAUAAAACUAUUAACUGUUAAGCCAUUAAAACGGGAAGAGUUGACCAAAGCCCUUGUUGCAGCUUUUAUUUUCAGGGAAAGAUUUCCACAUGUGAAGUCCUGAUAAUCAAGGAAGACAAAAACAUUCUGUUCCAAAUGAAAGUUGAAUCAGCCGGUCACAUGUUUAGACAUCAAAACCUACACAUAACACAGUUUUAUCUGCUCAUAUUUAAUUGUGCUUUUCCUCAAAAUUGAGAGACAACUCCGUUUCUCGUGGAGGAAAACAGUGAUGUUUCCAGCCUCAAACUUACCUUUGACUCCACUUCUCUCUCAUAUCCCGACUUCACUCCCAAACUCGGUUACGUUCAUCAGCGCAUCACUUGAUCCUCUCUGAAAAUGAUGCUUGGGAAACCACAAACAAGCUCUCCGAAGUGUACCUUCUGAAUGGUUUGAUCUCAAUGUAACGCUGAAUGAGUGACACAAUGAGCUUCCUGACUUGUUCUUAGUCUUCUUUUUAUGCCGUCUGCAAAAGUUCAAAGUGGAUCUGCCUUUCAGUCAGCAGUUACAUACGACUCUGAGGAACUUCUUUUUAAUCUUUCUCGUUCCGUCUUUGUAUUCUUCUGUAAAAGAAAUGGCUUCGCAUUUUGAGUGUGGCUACUUUUUGUGUCUUGACUUGUAUAUAUUAUUAAAGCAUUGUUGGAAAAACUGA